UAUAAAAUCACUACCUUUCUUUUCCUUGGUCAGUAAGACUCCCUCUCUAUCUCUAUCUCUCUUCUCCAUCUCUGUUUUUGCAUUUUGGAGUUUGAACAGAGAUGUCGACGACGAAGACGAAAGACGUAAACUUGAUCGAUUGGGUCUUCUCUUGGUCUAUUUCAGACAUAUGUAAUAAAAAUCUUUACAAGGAUCAGGUGAGAGAGAUUCCUAGGACCUUUUCAUCGACCAAAGAGUAUUUGGAUUCGUUCAAAAUGCCUUUGAUUGAGGAAACCCAUGCUGAUUUAUUUUCAAAGUUCGCUGCUUUAGCUCAAGCUCCUCUUUUUAAAAGUUUUUCAAUAGAACCAGCCAAAGAUUUCCGUCCUCCCAAUCUCUUGAACUACAAAAUCGAAUGUCCUAGAAUGAAGGAAACUGUUAACGAUGACCCAUUAUAUGAACCGGAAGUGGGUGAUCUCAUAGCUUUGACUGAAGUCAAGCCGAAAUGUAUUGAUGAUCUUAACGGACGCAAAAUUCCAUAUACUAUAGGUAUAGUUGAAGAUGUAGGUUUAGAUGAAUUUCAAGAUAAACCUGUCUGUUGUACUAUAAAAUCGUCUAAAAUGAUCGAUCUUGAAUGUUUUAAAGAAGAACAUUCAAGUAGGAUGAUGAUGAUGAAGAAGAAUGAUAAGAAUAACCUUUAUGUUGUUCAUCUUACCAACUUGGUCACGAAUGAACGUAUAUGGACAUCAUUGAAUAGUAGCUCAAAUGUGGAGAUGAACAUGAACAUAAUCAAAAAUGUUCUUAACGUCGAUCCUAAUUCUGAUCAUUGUGAUUCAUGCUGCACUGUUGAAGAAAAUCAGUCUCAACCUCUCACAUUUGCUAGACUUCUAAUAGGAUCAUAUGAGUUAGAUGAUUCUCAAAAGGCUGCAAUUUUGGAAUGCAUUGCUAGGAAGGAAUGUACUCAUAGAAACACUGUGAAACUUAUAUGGGGUCCUCCGGGGACAGGGAAAACAAAGACGGUUGCUUCUCUGUUGUAUGUUUUACUUAGGAUGAAAUGCAGAACACUUACAUGUGCACCCACAAACAUUGCGGUUGUGGGAGUGACAUCGCGUUUGAUGGGUUUGUUUCGAAAUAGGCUUAAAUUGGAUACCUAUGGUUUAGGAGAUAUAGUUUUGUUUGGAAAUGAAGAGCGAAUGAAGAUUGAAUAUCAUGAGGAACUUCAUGAUGUUUUCUUGGACUUUCGUGUUUCGAUACUUGUUCGUUGUACUUAUCCCGUGACCGGGUGGUUAGGUAGUGCAAAAUCCUUUAUGAAUCUACUUGAAGACCCUAAAAAUGCUUAUACAAGGUAUUUGAAUAAAGAAAAGAAUCCGGAAGGCAAUGAGAAAGACAGUUUUGAAAAAGUAACUGCUAAUGAUGAUAAACUAAGCAAGAAAACAGGGAGUAAGGUUUUCUUGAGUGCCAUGAAGGACAUUGAGAGUAAGAGGAGACGAGAGAUGAUGAUGAAGAAGAAGAAGAAGAAAGAUAAGGUGAUGCCAUCGACGAGCGCAAACGAAAACAAAGAGAUCAAGACAUUUGAAGAUUUCUUUAUGAGCGAGUACUAUUCAAUAAGAAAUAGUCUCAUAUUUUGUACUAAAAGUAUUUAUACUCAUUUUCCAACAAACUUAAUCCCAUCAUCAACCGCGGUAAAGAUGAUCAGGCUCGUGGAGUUGCUCAAUUCCAUUGAAAGAACUAAACCAAUAAACGCAGAUGUUGACGAAAACAUGAAUUCCUCGGAGAUCGAGUGUGUCGAAAUACUUAAAAUCCUUGAAAAAGAACUCGAUCUGCCAAAAACAGCAUCAUUUUCCGAGCUCAAGAGUCUCUGUUUACAAAAUGCUCAAUUAAUAUUCUGCACUGCUUCCAGCUCUUCAAAGUUACAAUCAGAAAGGAUGACCCCAUUCAAGUUAUUAGUAGUGGACGAAGCAGCUCAGCUUAAAGAAUGCGAAUCAACGAUCCCAUUACAACUCUCUGGUUUAAGGCAUGCUAUUCUCAUCGGAGACGAAAGACAACUUCCAGCCAUGGUCCAAAGCAGGAUUUCUGAGAAGGCUAUGUUUGGGAGGAGUCUCUUUGAAAGAAUGGUGAUUUUAGGAAUUCAAAAACACCUUCUAAACAUUCAGUAUAGAAUGCAUCCUUCUAUUAGCAUGUUUCCCAACAAGCAAUUCUACCAAGGCAAGAUCUUGAAUGGCCCUAAUGUCAUAAAGAGAGAGUACGAGAAGCAGUUCCUUAAGGGACCUAUGUUUGGCUCAUACUCUUUCAUAGACCUCCCUUAUGGUAUGGAAGACAAAGGUCAUGAAAUGUUUAGUAAGAUGAACAUGGUUGAGGUAGUUGUUGCUGCUGAGAUUAUAGAACGCGUCUAUAAAGAAUCGGUUGCUGCAAGACGGAAGGUAAGCAUUGGCUGCAUAUCGCCUUACAAGGCUCAAGUUUAUGCCCUGCAGAAAAGGCUGGGAAAGAAGUACGAUAAUAAACACAAUUUCUCUGUGAGUGUUCGCUCUGUUGACGGUUUUCAAGGUGGUGAAGAGGAUGUUAUAAUCAUAUCUACCGUUAGAUCCAAUUUGAAUGGAUCAAUAGGCUUUCUUUCCAAUUGCCAAAGGGCAAAUGUAGCCUUAACCCGAGCCAGGUAUGGUCUGUGGAUAUUGGGUAAUGCUGCAACCUUGAUCAACAGUGGCACUAUUUGGAGGAAUUUGGUUAUGGAUGCGAAGAGUAGGGGUUGCUACUACAAUGCAUCAGAUGAUGACAAUCUGUCUCAAGCUAUUUAUUGUUCACUUAUUGAACUUGAUCAACUGCAUUUGCUAUUAAAUUCUGAUUCUCUACUUUUCAAGGAAGCAAAAUGGAAGGUUCACUUCAGUGAUGAAUUCUUCCAGAGCAUGAGAAGAUCUAGAGAUGAUAGAGUUUCUAAAGAUGUUAUUUCUCUUAUAGAAAGACUCUCAACAGGUUGGCGCGAGCAUCAGGUUGGCGUAGGAACUUCAUUGGAGCUUUUGGAGCUGUACAAGAUUAAUAAUGGACCCUUAAGUCUUGUCUGGUCAGUGGAUGUUGUUCUUGACGGAUCGAGGUUUACUCAGGUUCUAAAGAUUUGGGAUAUCUUGCAUCCGGCCAAAAUCCCACAAAUGGUUAAGAAACUUGAAAUAGUAUUUGGGAAUUACACGGUUAAUGUGAUGAAUCGCUGCAAAUCAAAGAUAUUUGAUGGGGAGUUAGCUGUUCCUUCAACAUGGCCAGCAGAUCCAUCUACAUCAGCAGCAAGUAACUGUUAUAUGAGAGGAAAUAGUAGAGGUAAUCUUCUAAUGAAGAAAAAGCCACAAUCAAGUAAAAACAGACUAUGAUUUGUUGGCAAUUUAAGAUCCUCUUUUUCUAAUAGAUGUGAAUGUUAAAAUGUAUGGAUUGAACUUUGAAUUUCAAGUAUAACUUAAGUGUAUGUUAUGUAACUGCU